AUGCCACCAACCACCCCUCAGCGAGGCCAACGCUCGGCCAAUUCCUCUACCUCUACCUCUCCCACCACCCCGUCCACACCAUCCCCAUUCCGCAGCCCCUCCGUAAGCCCUCAAAAGCUCGACGCCCUCCUCCGCCUCCCCAACUUCACCUUCCGCCGUCCCGCCACCCGCGGCCGCAACAAAGGCGCCAAUCCCUUCCACCCAACCCUCCGCGCCACCAUUGCUCGCGCCCUGGGCGCUGAGACCCGUACCGGUCGCGCAGGCAGGCAGGCCACCGUCGCACGCCGCGUGGGCCUUGUCUUUCGGCAUGCUGUGCGGACACACCGGCUUUUUCCCUCGUUUGAGCUGGAGACGGAGCAUUUCUGGGACGCGGUGCUGGACGGGCUGAGGCGGGAGGAUGGCGAGCUGGCUACUGCUUUACGUGGUGGCGUGGUUAUGGAGGUGGUCGGGGUGUAUGCUGACGCGUAUGUGAGGGAGCAUGGCGAGGGCGAGGGCCGGGAGGAGGAGGAGGAGGAGGAGGAGGAGGAGGAGCUGAGGGGCAAAGGAAAGUCGCCUGCUACGCCGCCGCCGCCGCCGCCGCGAAAGGCACUCCUCGACGCCGUGCGGGAGUGGUGCGAGAUCUUCCGAGAGUACCGCCACGACAAGACAGAGCGCAUGGCGGAGAGGGACGCCCCGGCCUACCCGCCUCGCAAGAAGGGAGAGAUGGAUGGUGCUUACAUCGCCCGUCUUCAGGCGGCUGCGGAGGAGGUUGCUGCGAACCGUGCGCGCCAGGAGGCCAAGGCGCGGCGGGUGAAGCAGGUCUCGGAGAUGGAGCACGAGAAGGACCGCAUGCUGUGGUAUGCGGCGAUGGAUCGGCUGGAUGGUAGGCUGAAUGAGAUGGAGUGGGAGAAUCGGCUCUUGCAGGUGGGAGGCACGGAGGAGGAUGAUCCUUGGGUGCCGUGGAAGGUCCAGGUGGAGGGGCUUGGGCUCUUUGAGGAGAGCGAUGAGGAUGGUGGCCAGGCAGGUGUGCUGUAG